GCAGGAGGGAGGGGUUUGGUGAAGGGCAAAGGCAGGCAACACUUAAAAAGGGAAUGACCCAAGAUGGUUAAUGCUACCAGUGACCUGUGACGCCCAGGGCAGGAGGUUUCAGGAGGGGAUAAAUCCUUUGCAGUGUCCUAGGCUAUAGAGCGAGACUACAGAGGGAGGAACAUUCAUUGACCACCAUGCGCGAGCUCUAUAGCAAGCAGGACACCCUGGCGCUGCGGGAGAAGCAUAUCGGGCCCUCGUGCAAAAUUUUCUUUGCAGCGGAUCCCAUCAAAAUAAUGCGAGCCCGGGGGCAGUACAUGUUUGAUGAGAAAGGCGAACGGUACUUAGACUGCAUCAACAACGUGGCGCACGUGGGACACUGUCACCCAGAAGUGGUCAAAGCUGCGGCGAAACAGAUGGAAUUACUAAAUACAAAUUCUCGUUUCCUCCACGACAACAUCAUCGAGUUUGCCAAGCGCCUCACAGCCACCCUGCCUCAGACGCUCUCGGUUUGCUACUUCACAAACUCCGGAUCCGAAGCCAACGACUUAGCCUUACGCCUGGCACGGCAGUUCCGAGGCCACCAGGAUGUGAUCACUCUUGAGCAUGCUUACCACGGCCACCUCUCGUCAUUAAUUGAGAUCAGUCCUUAUAAGUUUCAGGAGGGCAAAGAUGUCAAGAAGGAAUCUGUACAUGUGGCACCAGCACCAGAUAUGUACAGGGGGAAAUACAGAGAGGACCAUGAAGACCCAUCCACCGCAUAUGCAGACGAGGUGAAGAAAAUCAUUGAAGAAGCUCAGAGCAGAGGAAGGAAGAUUGCUGCCUUUAUUGCUGAAUCCAUGCAGAGUUGUGGUGGACAAAUUAUUCCUCCAGCAGGCUACUUCCAGAAAGUGGCUGAACAUGUUCGCCAAGCAGGGGGCGUGUUCAUUGCCGAUGAAGUUCAAGUAGGCUUUGGCAGAGUCGGGAAGCAUUUCUGGAGCUUCCAGAUGUCUGGUGAAGACUUCGUUCCAGACAUCGUCACCAUGGGGAAACCUAUGGGCAACGGUCACCCGAUAUCCUGUGUGGUGACAACCAAAGAAAUUGCAGAAGCUUUCAGCAGCUCGGGCAUGGAAUAUUUCAAUACGUAUGGAGGAAAUCCAGUGUCUUGUGCCGUUGGCUUGGCUGUGCUGGAUGUAAUUGAAAAGGAAAACCUUCAAGGAAAUGCUGUGCGAGUGGGGAAGCAUCUCAUAGAGUUACUGAAGGAACAGAAGGCCAAGCAUCCAUUGAUAGGGGACAUCAGAGGUAUCGGCCUUUUCAUUGGCAUUGAUUUGGUGAAGGACCAUGAGGAAAGGACGCCUGCGACAGCUGAGGCACAGCACGUUAUCUAUGAGAUGAAAGGCAAAGGGAUACUUCUCAGUGCCGAUGGCCCUCACAGGAAUGUGCUGAAAAUAAAACCACCCAUGUGCUUCACAAAGGAAGAUGCAAAGUUCCUGGUGGACCACCUUGAUGACGUUUUAACAGUUCUAGAAGAAGUCAUGGACUCCAGGAGUGGAAGUGUGGUCUCUGAGAACACAGCUUGCAGAACCAAGACGCCUAAGGAAGAACAUGUGGAAUUGCCCAACCUUAGUGCCACCGACGCCAGAGAAAUCCACAGCAGGAAGAGAAACGGUGCAUGCUCAGACCAGCAUGUCCUGCUCAGCAAAAGACUCAAGACCUGAGAGCUGAACAUUAGACAGUGGGUAAAUGUCCCUGGAUACAGCGAGCAAGUGACUGCAUCUCACCUCUUAGUCAUCCUUUGAAUUACAGCUUUCAAUCUGGCUAGCUUGUACAGUAAAGGAUAGAUUAAUAAUAUCAAUAAUCAAAGCGAUAAACUACGUCAACAUUAUUAAUGGAACCUCUUGCCUGGUGAUUCAUUGCCUGCAAGUCUGAAGUUACUUAUUCUACUAAAACUGAGUUUUCUAUUGCAAGAUUAAGCUGGGCACCUUGCUUCUCACGUUGUAAUGUUGGAAAUUAGAGGAGCAAGUGAAGUCUAUCCCUUCACUUCAAGGAGUUAGUGUGAUAAAGUAUUUUUAAUCGUGAGACAUACUCUAAAAUGGUUAAUAUAUAAACGUUAUAGGUUUUAAUAAAAAAUGAUAUAAACAAAAAUGAAGACUGUAAAAUGCAGAGGGCAUUGUGGGUUAUGGUGGUGAGAUCUAAAUCGUUCUAAAAGGAAAUCCCAGAGCAGAGAGAAAAAAUGGCAAAGAACUGUGGUUGAAGUGGUAGGAAGCCUGAUUGCUUGCUGUCCUGUGGGAACUGAAAGGGAACACGCGUACACAGGAACACUUGCAUGAAAGAUGGUUCUCGAGUGGCAGAAGCAGCCAAAGCCCAGCAUUCAGAGUUGGGAACUGUGGUUCUGGCUACUCGCAGGCCAUGCCAUCUUGACCACAUUGCUUACUUAUCAAGUAAGAAUGGUCCCUUCUCUGACCAUCUCAUCUUCCCCAAGUUCCUUGUCACCUGCAUCCCACAUAUCCUAAAUUACCUUCAUCCAACCUGAAUCUCUCCAUUGCUUUCCUACUAGUUAUUGAACUCGCUGGUUUGUUUGUAUUCUGCAAAGAAGAGACUAACUUUUCUAUGUCAGUUUACUGUUAACUGAGUGGGAUGUCUUGGGAGUAUGAGCCUGUUCUUUGGAUAAUGGUAUUUUAUAUAGGACUCCUUGUCUGUGGGUAGCACAUGUGGAAAGCCUUGAUUUUGGUGCUGGGAGUCUGUUUAAAAGCAAAAACAAGGCAACGUGACCAACCAUGAGGUGUCAAUUCCUAACAGAACAAACCACUGAUCCUUGUGGAAAAGGGGGGAGGGGUUCUCUGUAAUCAGCUUUCCACAGGUGGUUGGUUGUCUCUUUGAGGAGUAGUAUCAUCUCAGGGUUCAACACCGUAUUCUGCUUCAAUCAACCUGGGUAUUAAUAAGGGCAUUGUGAAAUUGGUCCUAACAAGGAGGAGCCUAGGCUGCUGGCCCACUCUACCACUUUCCUCUCUACCACCAUGUGUUUGCUGCUCGACCCCAUUAUCAUUUACUUCCAUGAAUGGCCAGUGUUAUUUCUGUAGUGGAUGCUUCUGGAAGGCAUUAAAAGAUGAUAUUAAAAAAAGCCAUAGCAUGAUGGAGUAUUCGUGCGAUAUAGCCAUUUCCAUGUCUGUGGCCCAUAUAUCUUUUGUUCUAUUACUUUAGUGUUCCUGGACAACUAACUAGACCAUUCUCGGCUACUUACGCACACCCAUCGUUUCUUCCAUGCAAGGUAGAUGCCCACACAAAGCACUCAGAGCUCUGCCUCCAGAAAAUUUUUCCACAGCCACUCUUUCAAGACCCCAUUGAGGAGAGCUAUAAAGCAGCCAGCAGGGAGUGUACGGAAAUGGCGGAUCUCUGAACCAUCAUGGAGUUUAUUUCCUGUUCUCUUAACCAAUAUGCCUUCCCAGUGCCACCAGCAUACUGCUAUCUCCUGUGAGGGAGCAUCUCUGUCACAUCCAGCUGCAUCAGCUUAGGGUUAUCAGUGCAGUGGAUCACCAAGAUGUUCUGCAAGGUACCCAGAUGGUCUGACCCUAAGUUAUAACAGCCUGAGUUAUACCAAAGGGCAUGAAGGCUAACAAGGUUUUAGAUCACAACUAUAAAGAACUCUGUGAUCAAGAGCUAGGGGAAGAGAGCGCUCUCCAUUCCAGUGCACACUGUAAUCCUUGAGAUGAAGAAGUAGACCCAGAAGAAAUCCUGGGGCUCAGUGGUUGGCCAGUCUAGCUGAAUUGGUGAACUCCAGGUUCAGUGAGAGACUCACUUUGGUUCCUAGUACCCACAUAGUAGCUCACAACAACUCCAGUUCCAGAGAUCCAAUGCCUUCUUCUGGCCUCCACAGGUACUGCAUACAUGUGGUAUGUGAUAUAUAUAUAUAUAUAUAUGCAAGUACUUACACAUGCACAUAAAAAUAAGCAAAUCUCUGAGAAAACUAAGGUGAAGAACAAAUGGAAAAGAUACUUGAUAUCCAGUUCUGGCCUCCACACACACGCGCGCGCGCGCAGACACACACACACACACACACACACACACACACACACACACACACACACCCUUGGAUUUUUAAGAGGGACAUUAAUCUCUGCCAAAAUACCCUAGAAUAAACAUACCUUUUAUUUUUGUCACGUAGGAUGAGUAAAGAAAAAAAUGUGUGUGGAGGGAAAGCUUCAGGGGCUCCCAACUAGCCCUCUGAACUUUAGAAACUUGUAUUCCACAUGCCAAGGAAACUGUGGUCAACACAAACCCCUCACAGUAUUUAUUCCUUAAAUGUCAAGUAUAAUUUACUGCGUGUUCACUUGUACUUCCUCUGUAGCAAGGUCUUAUGUUAGAAACUCAGCUGAUUUCUCACUGUAGUGUGCUCUGCGCAGUAUCACUCUUGGCCCAUGAUCAGUUUUGUUUUUAAAAAUACUAUAUACAAUUUAAAACAAUGUAAAUUCUGUGACGCUCUAAAUGUGACACAGAAGUCAACUUUUAGAGUCAAGUUUGUAGUGUGUCAAGUGUGAAAUGAAUAUUUUGAUCACGAUAUUGAGAGAUGUGAAUAAAAUUCUCCCACAAUGCA